AUGAGCCACGAGACUGUUCUUGUAUGGAUGCUAUCGAUGAACCGCGAGUAUGGGACGGAGGAAUACCAAACUGCGUACAAUUUGGUGAAGCUGUGUUUCCCAUCGGAAAGAGUGAAAUGCGAGCCCAACAAUCCGGAUUCAUUUCGCAUGCUCAUGACCCAACUCCUGCCUGUGCUCAUGAUGCGUCAUCGCCGCGUGCCCCGAGCGAAGUGGGUUGAUCAAGUGACGCCCAACGGGAAACAUUGGAUAGAUCUCGUGGAAGAUCCGAACAGACCUGGCCGCCCGAAGCCGCCCUCCAUAGGUUACCAACUCACCUUCCACAACUCGCUGUGCGGGAUGGCUGUCACCCAGGGCCCAGCCUCGGCCGUCGUGAACAUAGGACUUGGGAUCAAGCAACUCAAGGUGGAGCCAAAGGGGACCUCGGUACAAGUCUAUUUCGAAUCGUUAUCUCACAAGCUAACGGCCCUUGAGAUCAGCACCAUCGUUGGGAAUCCGGACGAGGUCGUGCUCAAGCGUCUGUGCAUGCUUCUCGCGCUGAAGGAGGCGUACAUCAAGGCCAUCGGCCAACCCAUGGGCUUCGACUUCUCCCGACUAGAGUUCGACAUACCCAACCGCCGCGUCUCCGGAGAUGGUAACCCCCUGCUCGGUUGGGAAUUCCGAAUCUUCGUGGCCAAGCUCGGUGUCGCACGUGGGACACAGCUUAAGCAGGAGGAGUACGAGUGCGUGUGUGCCUUCUACCGGGGCACGCCUGAGACGACAUUCCUCUUCCACGAAACGCCACAGCUACUCGAGAACUGGGUUCAGUUCAUCAACAUCGACCAGCUGAUGGCAGUGUCGAACAAAUUGGCUGCCUAA